AUGACUUCAGCGACUGAAAUUGGCGCAACUCGCCCGGAUACCUUUUCUAAUAAUUUUUGGGGUAGGGACGAGGCGGGCUAUGAGGUAUUAACGAUGCGCAUGCGUCAAGCGAAACAGACCUGCGAAGAGGUUAAAACUAUGUUUCAUGACCGUGCUACCAUCGAAGAAGAUUACGGUAAAAGACUAUUAAAAUUAGCAAAAUCGCAGGUUGGCAAAGAUGAAAUUGGCACUCUAAGAAAAUCAUUCGAUGCCACACGAAAAGCGAUCGAAGCGACAGGUUUAUCACAUAUAAAUCUCGCCCAACAAAUACGAACUGAGCUCGAACAGAAAAUAAUAACUUUUACAGCCCUACAAAAAGACCUACGUAAACAGCAAACAACAACCCUAGAACGGAGUUUACGUACAAAACAAACACACACAUCUCAUUUGCAAAAGGCAAGUCUCAUGCAAGAUAGCAUCAUCCUCUCUGUAUCAGAGAAACGAAUACAAUUUUUGAAGACACAUUUAUGGGAAUUUGCAAAUCUAAUCUCUCAGAGUUGUGUUGCGGAUGAUGAGUCAAGUGAAUCUAUUCGGAUUUCUUUGGAAGAAUGCGACAUUGAAAAAGACAUCGCAAUUUUUAUAAGGGAACGUGCAACUGGACCAGAGAUACCUGGUAAUCAAAAUUUCAAAUUUAAUUUCACGGGUGCCAAAGAUCCAGGUCCGCGAUACACAAUAGCCUCAUUUGACAGAGAUUCGGAAUUCGGCGACAACUCGUUCAUUCUUGACUCUAUCGAAGAAGCAUCGGAUCAUUCUACUAGUGUAAAUUCUUCUGCGACUUCGAUAGUUGGAGUAACGGCAACACCAUAUGAACAGAUACCGAGCGGUCCUACUCGACAAAACAUUUAUAGUUCUUCACCUAGUUCUUUCUCUCAAAAAUCAUCUCUUACAUCGAGACGAGCAAUAAAUGAAUCAGAAGAGCAAGAACCACUGAACCCAUUGGCUAAGCAAUAUGUUUCGAUCGGUGGUAAUAUGUUAGAAAUAAACAUGAAUAAUGAGACAACUAAUACUGCAAACGGUGAAGAUGAUCCAAUUAAACAAGCGUUAGCAAAUUUUGAAAAUCAAAAUCCAAGCUCGAAUAUUAAAGAUCCACAGGAUACUAAUGUAUCAAAUCAAACCCUUUUAAAUAAUAAUUCUCCAAAGUAUAUUAAUGAAGAUAAACCUCAACCACCCAUACCAUUAAUCCAAAAUAGAAAUGAAUCCCCUAAUUAUGGAUUCCCACAACAAUCAUCACCUCAACAACAAUUUCAGCAACCUUAUCAUAGACAAGAACAACGUCCACAAACACAACCACAACAUUUUCCGUACCAACAACAGCAGCAGCAACCAUCACGUCAACAGCAUAAUCAAUAUCCGUAUCAACAACAAUAUCAACGUCCUCCUCCGCAAUCAUCACAACAACAAUUUGGAACGAUUGCCGGUCAAAUCUAUGACCCAUCACAAUUGAUUAAUGGUCCCGGAGACUUUAGACGACAACCUUCUGCAGAAUAUGGUCCUCAAUCAUCUCAACAACAAGAAAUCGAAUCAAUGAUAAAUAGUCGAUCUCGUUCUCCACAACCUUCGCGAACACAAAGUCCACGGCAAAAUGACCAAUCUAAACAAAAUGGUUCACCUUCUUUCUCUUCCACUAUAAAUCAACAACAAUCUUUGAUUCAUCAGUCUCCGUCGGCAUCACCUCAAGUUCAAUCAGCUUCACCACACCAAACAGUCUCGAGAUCUGAUUCGGUACUUACUUCAUCUAGUUCAUCCAGUGGUAAUCCACUCGGGAUAACAAUAGACGCUCGUGGUAGAGUAACACAAGAUACUUUGGCCGAGAAAUUUAUGGAGAAUAAUGGAAAACUUCCACCAGCAACUGGGAUAUUCACAGUAAAUCCAAACAUUAGAGAUCAACAAGAAUCUGAACCUGUUUCUUAUUCUGCUGCAACAAAGCCUUUCCAACCUCAACUCCAACAGCAAAUUAAUAAUCAACAUCUUCAUCAUGUACAACCAGCGAAUAUUGAUCUUACUCGACCAUAUCAAAAGACGUCACCACAAAAUCAUCAUAUACAGCCAGCGAAUAUUGAUCCUGCUCGAGCAUAUCAAAAGACAUCACCACAAAUAAGACCUACAACGCACACAAAUAGCGUUAUGUAUGGUGAAGCACAGAGACCACCAGGUCCUAUUCAUCAUGUUGGUUACGUUGUUCCAUCAGCACAACAGCGCCCAGCUCCAAAAAAUACAAUACAACGAAGUAAUACUGUUAGCUCUGUUUCAAGUGGAUAUAUUCGUGGAGCUGGCGUUGAUACUGCUGGUUUUCAUCAGCAAUUAUCAGCCACAAUGCCCUCAAAUACUUACAAUAAUGGAAACCCUGCAAGAAGACAAUCUUUCGCCAAUAAUAAUAGUAAUAGUGUGCCAUUUAAUGGACGGCCACCCCAGAAUCUACAACAGCCAGUAACAGUAAUACAACCAGUUGGAGAAGCACCGUCUGUUAGACCCGUUGUAAUGAGAACGGCUAAUGAAUAUACUGAUGAAGGUCGACCAAUUCUAUUUUAUGUUACCACGUUAUAUGAUUAUCGUGCCACAAUUCCCGAAGAAAUUUCUUUUACAGCUGGCGAUAUUUUGGCAGUACUUGCAAUGCAAGAUGAUGGAUGGUGGGAAGGAGAAAUAUUGGACGUAUCGAGAAAAGUUCGCGGUCUGUUCCCUAGUAAUUUCACUACACCAUUAGACUAA